AUGCCGCUUUCAGACGCAUCCAUCGGCAACCUCGAGAGAUUGUCGAGCUUUGUUGAUGCCGGCUACACAAAAGAGAGCAGCCACAAAGAUUUCAUCAAGGAGCACGUGAGGGCUAACAAGCCCAUCGACGACACGUUCUGGUCGCAUGUGGAGUGCAAAGCUUCGUGA